CUUGGCAUAACCCGCUCCCCCCCCCACCUCUCCAAGUUGGAUUUUUCUUCCGCAUCACAUCCAGAUCAUUGCUGAAGCCUCAGCUCCUCAGAGCCGUGGGGGGGAAAGCAGCCUGCGAGAAAGAGAGGAGAGAGAGGGAGAGAGCUCUCUCUUUUAGGUCGGCUUUGUCUCGCUCAACUCCCUUCCAGGGGACGUCAUGCCUGGGCCACGGCGCUGUUGAAAAGCCUUGGGAAGACCACCCAUCCCCAAAGACCUGCCUUCCAGGAAAGAAGACGUGUCCCCCGAGAGCUUCACUGCUCCCUCCUUGCUGCAUCCAGCAUGGACCCCCUUCUCCACAUCCAAGCGGAGGAUGUCUACUAUAUGAGGAAGCUGGUCAACGACUCGUCCCUCUGGAACCUCAGCUUGGGCGAGUGGUUCCACAAUGGGACAGCAGAUGGCUUCCUGCCCAUGGGCAUCAAGGUCACCAUUGUCAUCGUCUACUCCAUCGUCUGCAUCGUGGGGCUGGUGGGGAAUUGCUCCGUCAUGUAUGUCAUCAUCAGGUUCACCAAGAUGAAGACGGCGACCAACAUCUACAUCUUUAACCUGGCCCUGGCUGAUACCUUGUGCCUGAUCACGUUGCCUUUCCAAGGCACCGAUACCUUCCUAGGUUCCUGGCCGUUUGGAAAUGCUCUCUGCAAGAUUGCCAUCUCCAUUGACUACUACAACAUGUUCACCAGUACCUUCACGCUGACGAUGAUGAGCGUAGACCGAUAUAUUGCCAUCUGCCACCCCAUCAAGGCCCUGGAUAUCCGCACACCCCACAAGGCUAAAGUCGUCAAUGUCUGCAUCUGGGCUUUGGCCUCCGUCUUUGGCAUUCCCGUAAUGGUGAUGGGAUCGACCGAGAACGAAAACGAUGAGAUCGACUGCCUGAUCAGACUCCCCGAACCUGUGAAUUACUGGGACCCAAUAUUUGGGAUCUGCAUAUUCCUCUUCUCCUUUAUGAUCCCCGUCAUGGUUAUCACCAUUUGCUACAGCCUCAUGAUCAGGCGCCUGAAGAACGUCCGUGUUCUCUCCGGAUCAAAGGAGAAGGACAGGAACCUCCGCCGCAUUGCUCGGCUGGUCCUGGUGGUGGUGGCCGUUUUCAUCAUCUGCUGGACCCCCGUCCACAUCUUCGUCCUGGUCCGGUGCCUUGGGGCCAAGGCUGACAACGAGUUCAAGCUGGCCAUCUUGUACUUUUGCACCGCCCUGGGCUACACCAACAGCUGCCUGAACCCGGUGCUCUACGCUUUCUUGGACGAGAACUUUAAGACCUGCUUCAAGAAGUUCUGCUUCCCGUCUGCCUUCAGAAAGGAGUUGCAGAUGUCCAACCGCAUGUGCAGUAUUGCCAAGGAUGUGGCUUAUGCCUGCAAGAACUCAGAUGGGACUAACAAUCCAGCAUGACUAGGCGUGGAAAUCCCCAUGGUACCUGUCAGCCAGCAAAGCCCGACGACCCCCACGUCGGAGUUGACUCAGAUAACAGCUCUUUGAAGUACAAGUGUUUUGGCCCACAAGCAGCCAGGAGGAAGAACGUAUGAGAGCAUCAAUUUCACCAUGAUACAGAAAAGUGACCUCAGAUUGACACUUUUCUUUCUCUCUCAAGGCUGCAUUUGGUUAUGCCUCUUGGAUUCUGUAAGGCUACAGGUCCUGUAGACUUCGCUUGCUUUGCACGCACGCACGCACAGAGAGAGAGAGAGACAAUUUGUUUUGAAACAAAGGAGGCAAUGCCCAACGUGGGCAAGGAACAUUUCAUCACUAUGUACAGCUUGAGUGACUUCAACAGAUCAUAAGGCAGGCAGGGAAUCGAUUGAGAAAGCAUAGCCUGGGGAUUUCCUAUGUGCUCUAAAAAUCAAGCUUCAUUGGAGCUACAGCCCAGAAGGGCGUUGAGAGGGAAAAAUUUCCCCAAAAUGUUCAUGAGAACAUGAUGGCACCAUUCAUUUCUGCCUCGAGCAAGGGAGAUCCAGAAGGAUCUCUUCAUGCAACUUUCAAUGGAUGGGUGCAUGGGUACAUGAUAAAGACCUACUUGGCGUUGGAGAAUGCAAUCUCUUUCGCGUUGUUGUGUUUUUUAAAAAGUGCACCCUCACUUCAUCUGCAAAAUCUCUCUAGUGAGCAACCCGAGAGGAGGCUGCGAUGAUAAAUAUUAAUCACUUUGAUUAAUGUACCCGGGAAGGUUUUUUCGCAAUGCAGCAGCAGCAGCAGCAGCAGCCACCGACGGGCAUGGCUAGAAUGAAAUCAAGGGACAUCAUUGAGAUGCAAAGCAUCCGUUCGAGCAGUGACGACGGAAGGGAUGAAAAAUGAAGAGAUGAGCUCACUCCCUCCCCCUCCUCCCGCCUGCUCCAUGUACUCCCUGUACAAUAAACUGCACCAGCUGCUGUGCUUAUGCCUAUCGAGUACCUAAGGACAAGCAUACAGCCGAGGGCUGCUUAAAUCUAAUUAUCCUUUCAUAUUGCAAUGUGGAUUCCAGGCAGGUUUCCUGGUGGAAACCUGAGAUGAAGCAUUUAGUCAAUUAAAGCAAUUCAAGUGUCUUAAUGUGGAAAGAACAAAUGUUUCAGGUUCAUUAUGGGCAUGAAACAGGGAAUCCAAAGUGGUGCGUUGUUGACUCAUAGGAACUCAUGGCGAUCGCUGUCUUGGUGGAUCACAGCCAAGUAACUGUUGGGUGGCUUGGAAAACCAGAUCAAGGCUAUCAAUGGAUACUAGCUAUGAUGGCUGCAUUGCCAGUAGAAGAGGCAGCAUGCCUCAAGCUAACAGUCGUAGGGAUCGCAAGAGGGAGAGUGUCAUUGCAUCUGUGGCCUGAUUGUGGACUUCCCAUAGGCUUCUAGUUGGCCACUGUGGGAAAAGAAUAUUGGAUCUGAUCCAUAAUGCUGCUCUAAUUCCCCCUCUCCCAGUAGAUGGCUGGUGGUGGACUUGCCCAGUAAUUAAUUUCUAGUUUUUUGGUAUUCAGAGACAUAAUGGGUGGUUGAUCAACCAGGUUUUACACUGAGUAGAUCUAUUGAAAUUAAUGGACCUAAUUUAGUCAUGUUCGUUCAUUUCAACUGGGUGUACUCUGAGUAAUUGCCAAGGCUGAAUACCACCCUAGAGGUUCCCAAGAGGUUCCACCCAUGCAAAUAUCUCAAUGGCUUCCUAUUAGAAAAAGGACCCAUUUUGCAAAAGGAACGGUGAGGGAGGGAGUUUGCUUUGCCCCUGAAAUGCUCAGGGAACAAAGAGCCACAAACGUCCUGCAGAUAUAUAUUGAUUUAGCAUUUGCAGAGGCUCCAAAAAAACCUCAAGGACAUCAUUUAGAACUAGAAAACAAAAGAGUUUCAUAUGACCCUUUUUAUUCACUCGACUUUGGGGGCAUGCAAAAUCUCAUGGUGGAGUUUUGUUUUGUUUUGCCUGGAGAAAAGCAGGUUCGGAAGGAGGAAGCUUUGAGAAGAGACGUGAGGUGGUGGGGGUCGCACUUUGUGGAGGCCAGAAUGAGAGAGAGCUGUCAGAAAGUGAUAAACAGCGGCUGAGCAGGAAGAGAGAGGAUAGCCCACCCCCCUCACCAGGUGAUGGCUUGCACAGGUGUGCUGCACCUGUGCAGAUGUAGGCUGGUGUUGAUGACAUCCUCCAGGAACUCACCUUUACCUGAUGGUAGGGGAUGGCAGGCCCUGGGGAAAUGCUAAAAAAUAAUAAUGGAUGGUUUUGAAGCCCAGAGGUGGGUGGGAAGGGACACUUAGCCAUUGAAGUAGUUUUGGCUUGGAAUUGGCUGAGCAAUGCAAAGAGUUGGUAGGCUGCGGAAUGGGAGAUUGACAGAAACUUCUGCAGGAGUCUGCAGGAUGUGAGAGUUGGGGGGAUAGGUAUCAUAGCUGCCAAGUCUCCCGUAUUCCCCGGGAAAUCCCCGUUUUUCCAGCUGUUCCUAGCUGAAAAAACGAUUCCCCCCCCCGGUUUAAUUCUGGCGCAGCGGCCAUUUUGGAACUGGGCAGAGCAUGCUCAGAAGCGACUUUUGAUGCCACUCUGCCCAGUUCUAAAAUGGCUGCAGUGCGACUUCUGGCGCGGCGGCCAUUUUGGAACUUGGCAUAGCAGCAUCAAAAGUCACUUCUGAGCAUGCUCCGCCCAGUUCCAAAAUGGCGGCAGCGCUACUUCCGGUCUGCUACUUCCGCCUAGUCCCUUAUUUCUCCGACAGCAACUUGGCAGGUAUGAUAGGUAUGGGUGUAGCUUUGUGGUUUUGGGAACAAAUUUUGCAUUUCUGUUUGAAAUUCUUCUUCCCUGGUAGCUCUAUCACGCCAGCCUCCUCUGAGCCAUCCCAUGCCCUGGCUGCCCCCAGCAGAUGCCCCUGCGUUCCUGCUCAGCAGCCUCACACAUUUACUGCUAUCCAUCCAAUCUCCACUGCGCUCGAUCCUUUCCUCGCCACCUGUUGUUCCGCUCCAAAGCACCCCAUACCUGUUAAUUCCCCUGGGUGCUUCCAAGCACCUUUUUUCCUCUCUCAAUGUGAAAUACAUGUAGAACUCUGUGGGGAAAGGAAAUCAGCUCAGGGGGAGACUGAGGUGGAAAGCAGAAGGCAGGGAAAGGGUGAAGCUCUCCCCUCUCUCUCUUCUCUGCUCGGAGCUGUCCCCUCUCCUUGCUGCUUUGCUUUACCAAAACGGCCCUUCAAAGCACCAUUAGCGCAUGUAAUGUGUCGGGAAAGAAAUGGAAUUUUUCCUUGCAGUGCCUGAGAAAAACGAUUUCUAUUUUUAUUCUCGCAAAAGCAUAAAAAGGAGACAUUGGACAACCACUAACCCCCACCAGAACCCUGCAGAAGUUUAUCAGAACAGAAGGAAAUGUGUGACGCUUUCCCUCUUACCAUUGACUGUACAGACUCCUUGUGGAAAUACUUCUUUGUAACCGGUUUGAUGAGAUGAUGUAUUUUUUCAUGUGUUGGUCUGCUGGAUGUUGAAACGCUUCCUAUGUAUGCUCUAUGACUAUAUGCUGCUGUGCUUCUAUGUUUUGUAGAUUCUGGCUGCCGUUCUAACCCCGUUUACGCGGGAGUAAGCCCUGCUGGAAUCCACAGAGCUUACUUCUGAGUAGACACGGCUAGGAUUGCGCUGUCUGUUUCUCACGGUGGGGUUUCAGAAACCCGGUGAGUAACUACUUGACAUUCCAGUGAAAUAUGACUGGAGACGCAGGAGGGUGAAGAGACUCCAGGAACUCAUUUUGGGGAAUGGCUGGAAAGAACCGUUUGGCAAACAGCCAGCAAGCUGCUCAUGUUUCUUGUCAAUGUUUUAAAGCAAAAGGCAGGCGUAGCAAGCAUGUUGCAUCAAAGAGUGAUUCCGAUUCUGAAUCCCCAACAGAGGGCAGACGCCACAAAUGAUAACCAUGCAUGCUGUACA